AUGCCUGGCCGCGGCGCUCGCGGCGACCCUUGCGGUAUGCGGCUGCCUUUGGCAGAGGCACAUGAAGGAUUUCAUUGAGUGUGAAGACAGAGAGCAGAGACAGAAAGCAGAAGGAGGCGGCUGCAGCCUUUGUAGUCGGGGAGGAAUGCGGAAAUGUUGAAGCACUAUGUCAAACUUUUUUGAAACGGGGUCAAGUCACAUUCAGCCAGCGUGGGAAAGCAAGGGAAAAAAAAAAAAGUUGAGGAGAGGGGAAAAAAAAAAAGGCAGCAAGCUGCUGCUGCUCCCAGGCUGAACAGAGGCCGAGGGAGCGAGCGAGGAGAGGCAGCGCAGCGCCGGGGGCAGCGGCGGAGCAGCGGCAGCGCCGAGGGCCGGUGCCCGAGCCCCGCACCGGCACGCUGCGGUCAGCGGGGCUGCGGUCGCGGCGCUGCAGCUCCCCGGGGGCCGCCGGCCGCGAUUUUUAUUUCGCGUUUUCAUUUUCCCCGGGCAGAGUGGGGGCGGGAGGAGCGGGCUGGGGGACGAGUGCGAGCUGCCUUCUGCGCCAAGGUGCAGCCCGGCGGCGGCGGCGGCAGGAGGAUGCGAGCCGAGGGCGGCCGAGCCGCGGAGCAGCUACCUGUGUGGCCCGGGCGGCCGCUGCCGGGACCUGCCGGAGACAUCGCCAUGUGAAGGGGCAGACCCCGGGCCGGCUCUCCACCCCGCCUCGCUCAAUGGGAGAUCUAAUUGGCUUUACACAGACAAUGGUCCCAAAGACUGUAUGAUAAAUCCUGGUGGCCGAAAGAGGAGGCACAUUGGGGCCCGUACAGAAGAGGAACGGGAACAGGAGGGCAAAAGCUUCCUACUGCCCCUCUGGUAGAGGUACCAAGUGCGUGGUGUACCUGCAACGCGAGUGAAGUACUAAUUUUCAGAAAGCGAGCGAGACCGAGAGCCUCUCCGAGGCACUUGGAGCACGGGAGGAAGAGGAGCAGUGCCAGCAUGGAUAAGGACAGCACAAACGUGGCUGACCAGCAGUAUGAAUGUGUGGCUGAGAUUGGGGAAGGAGCCUACGGGAAGGUGUUCAAAGCCCGAGACUUGAAGAACGGAGGUCGCUUUGUUGCGCUGAAGCGGGUACGGGUGCAGACCAGCGAGGAGGGGAUGCCGCUGUCCACCAUCCGAGAGGUGGCAGUUUUGAGGCACCUGGAGACGUUCGAGCACCCCAACGUGGUCAGAUUGUUUGAUGUGUGCACCGUGUCACGAACAGACAGAGAGACCAAGUUAACAUUAGUGUUUGAACACGUGGAUCAAGACUUGACUACUUACUUGGAUAAAGUUCCAGAGCCUGGAGUGCCUACUGAAACUAUAAAGGAUAUGAUGCUUCAGCUGUUUCGGGGACUGGAUUUUCUGCAUUCGCAUCGUGUGGUGCAUCGGGACCUGAAACCCCAAAAUAUCCUUGUAACCAGCAGCGGGCAGAUAAAGUUAGCUGACUUUGGCCUUGCACGAAUCUACAGUUUUCAGAUGGCUCUUACCUCAGUGGUUGUUACUUUGUGGUAUAGAGCUCCUGAAGUUUUGCUUCAGUCCAGCUAUGCAACACCAGUUGAUCUUUGGAGUGUUGGCUGCAUAUUUGCAGAAAUGUUCCGCCGAAAACCACUCUUCCGUGGAAAUUCAGAUGUUGAUCAGCUAGGAAAAAUCUUUGAUGUAAUUGGACUCCCAGAAGAAGAGGACUGGCCUAACGACGUUGCCCUUCCGAGAAAUGCUUUCACUUCCAGACCUGCACAACCUAUUGAACAAUUUGUACCAGAUAUUGAUGAACUGGGCAAAGACUUGCUUCUUAAAUGCUUAGCAUUCAAUCCAGCCAAGAGAAUAUCUGCCUAUGUUGCCCUCUCUCACCCAUAUUUCCGUGAUCUGGAGAAAUGCAAGGAGAACCUGGACUCUCACAUGUCAUCCAGCCAAAACUCCAGUGAGGUGAAUGCAUCAUAAUGCUGACUGAAGAUGAACCAUAAAUGAACAAGACAUGUAGCUGACAAGGCCACUGUCCCAUACAAACCACAUAGCUGUUCUAGCGAAGAUCAUUAUUUGGAGGUUUUAUGCACUUAUCUUUUAUUUUGGGAUUGUGACGUGCUUAUCCAAGGAAAUCAAUCCAGUUUACUUUCAUCAGAGCAACGCAAGGGCCAGGGCUUUGACCUGCUCCCAUUGCAGCUUUAUGUUUGUUUUGUUUUGUUUUUGUUUUGUUUAUCUACCUGGGAAAACUCCAGACGAAGAGAAGCUGCUGACCGGUUUUGCUGCCAUUUUAUCCUUUUAAUAUUGAAUGCUGCCAGUGUGGAGUAGGAUGAUCGACUCACUGCCAAACCACGAUGCAAUCUCUCUCUCUAGCUGCUGAAGCAUGAUUUGACAGUGCUAAAGACCCAAACAGAACUGAAUCAAAUAGGAACUCCUUCUCAAAAUUGAUUCUGCAAGGCCAAGCAGAUACCAUCAAUUCUUCAUGUGUUCAGCGGAAGCUGAAAUUAGCCAGCACCAUGCCUAGAUGAGCCUUUUCCUUUCUGGCCAGAAAAGCCCAAGGCUGCUUUGUGAGUAAAGUUAAUGGAAAAUUUGCUUUGAUUUAAACAAAGUCCUUUGAGAGCUUCUGCAAUAUUCAGAUUUCCAGCCUUCACUGAAAGACUGUGCAAAACAACUAAGAUAAACCCAAACUCCCUAACCAUAUGGCACUUUUUCGUUCAGAUGAAAUGUUUUAACUGUGUUAGAAUAUACUGGUGGGCUUCAUCCAGCCCAAUGUCAAUGAGAUCUUUGCAUGGCUAGAGAAAGUAAGAAGAGAUUCUGCUAGGGAUAUUCUGAUACUGGGUGAUCGUGGUAGAGCAGAUUUUUUUGAUUCCAAAAAAGAUCAGACAAAAGAUAUUGCCUUCUUUUUAAAAAAAAGAAACAACUGACAAUUAGUAAAGAUUAAAAAGGAGAUUUUAAGGAACCAUUGGGAAAAUAUUGUUGGGAUAAGUGAAAAGGAGCGUAUUUAUAAUGUGAAAAAUGUAAAUACAAACAAUGUGUAUUAAAUAUGCAUUGAAACUGAUACUUUUUCACUGACCUUGCAAAGUUGAUAGGGUUUUAUGGAAGAAAAGCAUCCAAAUAUGAACUUAUUCUAACUACCAUUUUAAUGUUCCUUUGCACUAAAGCAAUCUAUACUAUUUGACUGAAAGGAGAAGGGAAAACAGGUAAUGUUUAACUUGUGAUUUACUUCGGUGAUGUCUACAUGGAUAUGCUGUAAAGCUGUCAAGCUCACUGUCCAUUUUUGAGCGAUCUAAAUUGGCAUCCACACUAUUUAGCUUUCUGCACCUUAAAACCCAUACACGUGCCAGAAGAAAACACAUUUUCUAGUGUUUACAUGGAUUCUUGCUCCCAUUGACAUGCUCAUGUUAAACCCAGCCAAAGAGCCCUGUCUCUGCCACUGAACAGAAAAUUAAUUUUCCAGACCGCCAGCUUCUUUCAUGCAAUUACUCCUAAGGAGUUUGUAAUUAAUGUUCUACAAUAUGCAGCCUUUCCUCUUAUUUCAUGUUUCAUACGUAUGUCAUAUUAUGCAAAUCCUCAGCCUUUCAAAAAAAAACCAAACCAACAAACAGUUCUCGAACAUCAGGAUCAAUUUUGAGUAGCUAGAUGAGGGAGGAAAAUUGUAAAGAGCUGCAAAGAUAGCAAAACUGGGUAGAGAUUAGGAGAGUUCAGGACAAUUUUGGCAAGUGAAUUUGAAUAUGUGGGAAAGUUAAGUAGAAGUGUAGUGUUCUCCUGUCAUUCACUGUCAUAAGCGUAAGAUGAUAAAGCAAGACUAUUGCACAGGAUUUUAGUUCCAGGCAUUUAUAAUGCCAACUCAAAUCAAGAGUUCCAGUGCAGUUUUUCAACAUAGCAACAGCUCUGUUUUUUAAAUCAGAUUUUGCAGAAGCUAGAGGUUUUUCUGUCUAGUUAUAUAAAAAAAAAACAACCCAGUCUUAUGAGACAACUUGAGAGCAGAUUAAGCUGGCGAGGCAGACACUGCCCGUAGUUCAGCUGCAGACAUGGAGAAUGUACCGCUCUAAUGCAGGAGAGUCACCAACAGUGUCCCUUAGUGUGCAAUAUCGUGGCGCAUUGUGAGCUGACUCCUGCCGCGAAUCGAAAAUCCUUUGGCAAUCCAAAAUGGCAUGGUUUCGAGCACUUGGAUUUUGGUAAGAUUAUUCAUAUGCAAGUUUUGCUGGUUCAGUCCAGGUGGUUCGCUAUCUUACGGGAGCAAGUCUGGGAGCCUAGCAAGUCUGUCCAACACCCAGUGUAAAUAAUACUGCAGAACUAUCUGCCAUCGAAAAAAAAGUUUUUUCGUAGGUUGUACAGCAGGAAUGGAGCUUUCUGAGCUGCUGUGUGAACCUGACAGCUACCGUUAGCUAUUGUUAUGCCACCUCCAAAAAUACAGAAUAGCAGGCCUGUACAGCAUUUUGUUAUGUUUAGUCCAUGUGUGUGGGUGGCUGGGUAGGUGUUGGCACAGAGCGCCUAAUUGUGGUCCUUCCAUUAGGCGUGAGCAGCUAGGCUUGGCACAGAGACGAAUUUCACAGUUCCAGGGAGGGGAAACCUCCAAUUCUACGCAGUCGUUCUCUGGCAUGUUAAAUGCAUAUGGUGAUAGAUCACCCAGCCACUCACGCUGUGGCCAGAUCUUUCCUUAUCCUGGCUCAUCCUACUGUGACACUGUGAAAGAAGCCCUGGGGAGUCCACUCCUCAACAGGUUCUCAACACCCUGCUUCCUCUUACUGCGGUGACAUUUAAUUACCUGUCACUUGACCCUGCUGAUACUUCCACGGCCACUUAGGAAGCUGUGAGCUAAAUUACUGCCUUGUGAAUCUGCAGCCCCUCAGUCUGCAGGCAGCCAAUGAUUUGUACUAUAGAUUUUUCCUUGCUUCUCAUCAGGAACUGGGAAAUACUACAGUCGAAUAUGGCAAAGUGUGUGCUUCUUUUACACUCAUUGGUUCUAGCAAAGAGAUGAGCUAGAAUAGAUUAGAGUGAACAUAAUGUGUUGGAGCAGCCCAAACGAUUUUUGAUUCCGAAGGUUAUUUACUAAGUAUAGAAGAUCCCUGGACAACUGUCUGUGAUGUACAUGUUUGUAAGAGCAGCCAAUGAUGCUUCUGUUACACAGAAGGUUUUAACGGAUACAAACAAGACUAGCAAUGCCAGCCUCCUGCUGCUUACCCCCCUUUCUUUCCCCUUCCCCGAGACCACUAUUCCCAGGGAGAGGUUUCCUCCCAGUGUGAGGCAGAGCAACUAUGAAACAGUUCUUCCUUACGUGAAGGUCCCCAACUCUCAAGAUGAUUUGGAUGCAUGCAGGCAAUCAAGCUCGUUCCUUUGCUUUUUGCUACAGCAGUUUUGAGUACAGAGCCCUGCCACAAGCACUAGGCACUGAUGGACCUUAGCCUAUAAUAUAUUGUCCCGAGGAAAAGUCUGUCCAGGAUGUACAGGGGACAGUGUGCUUACUGUUUCUAUGACAGUUGACUUUUUUGCACUUUAAAAAGCAGCGUUGUAGAAACUCCCUUAAGAAAGCUCUCUCACUACACAGAAGGGAUGACUGUGGGAAAAGACGAAGUGUUUUAUUCCAGGUGGAUGAUGAUGUAUCAUCUCAAACAAUCACUCUUCAUCGGUGAUGGAAAAAAACCCAACAAACUGGGUUCAAAAUGUAGCCUGGGUCUGCAGAGUGCUAGUUAAAUAAGAAGUGCUUCUCAGUCUUCUUCCAGCAAGACCCAAAAUUCAUCAUGAUCUCUUGCAGGGACUUUAUCUUGGAGUCCCUUGUGACAAAGGUGGCUGUACCUAUGGGUUGCAACUACAACAAAAAGUACAUCAGAAAUGGCACGCUGGCGGGAAGUUUGUGGAUGUGAGGCUGUGCAGCGGGGAUGUGCUCAUCUGAAAGUACUGAUUGCCUUGCACAUUUUGAUCUGAAGUUCCCUAUCAUAACAUGAUAGAAGGACUGCAGUGUCAUGAGAUUGGAGGCUGAAGGGACUGCAAAGAUUGAUUCACCCUUUCCUUUUUCUCCCUAGACGUCUAGCAACCCAGUAGUUUUCCAGCUUUGUUUUGUUUUAUUUCACCUCCACCACCAUUCUCCUUCCUAUUGUGCAUAAUAAGGCGAAGAGAAAAGCAUUACAGCUUAAAACUAGAGCGGGCCAGCACUGCCUAACAAUCUGGAUCACUCUCUGGUGGUCAAUGCCAAGUGGAUCAUUUGUCUCUGUUUAGAUUCCAGCAAACAGAAUUCAAUAUCUGUGACACUUUCCCUGCAUUCAGCGCUGUUAAAUAACCUCGCUGUGAUUCUCCGCAGUGGUCAAAAUCUCUUUUCGGGGAGACUGAACUCCGCUCCUCCAAUGCACUUAGGGUCACAGCAAUGUGCGCAGAAGUUUACGUUAUGGCAGCGCAUUUUGGUAAGGAAUGAGAGCCGGUUCCGAUUGAAACAGGGCCUGAAAGAGUCUCGAGGACUCUUAGCCAGGCACCUUUCACAGGCAAGGCAGUCACUUCUGUCAAAGUGAGAAACACGUUUUAAAAUACUUCAGAUGAUAGAAAAAAUAUAAAGAUGCCAUUUAUUUUUCUGAUAGAAUCUGUUUUCUACACAAAGCUGUAUGAUUUUGGCACUGAAACCAAGCCCACAGGCACCCAUUUAUUCUCUCCUUUCAGUCUUUAAUUUCUUUGUAAAUUCUUUUCAGAUUAAUGUAUUUAUGGUCCGUUUCAUUCCAAUGCAUUUAAGUGGUCUAUAUCUGCCACUGAAUCUCGUAUGGGUUUUAUUUUUAAUGUACUAUUUAGCUGCAUUACUUUGAACAGCUUUAAAAGUAUAAUGUCUCUAGUUAAAGGAAAAUUAUACCCUCUGAAUGAUGUCUUAGAAGUUGAACUGUAUACUUUGGGAAUGAUGUUUAUAUUAUAACUCCCGAAAGCAUCACAGGGUGCUUUCGUCUGUAUGUCUGUCUGCUACUUUCUGUGUAAUGGUGCGUAUUUGUAUUUCCUCACUAGCUUGAUACUCUUCAGUCUGAAGGCCCAUGUAUGCAAACACAUGAACACUGUACCUCACCUGAGCAGUCCCACAGAGCUGAGAGGGGUUACUCAUGCGAGUAUAGUAGCUCACAAAAAAGUAUUUGCAGAAAAAGGCUUUCAUGUAGUAAUUGACUGUAGUUGUGAGGACACAUGGUUACUAACAGCACCAAGACACCAGUAAAUGGGGUCAGUGUUUAUUGAAGAGGUCGACACGUUUAUCUGCAAGUUAUUUGACAUUAACCUAAAUUAUUGCUAUUGUAAUUCAGUAUAUUAUUUCUUAUGAAAACACACUAGUCCUGUGAAAGGGUAGUUGCCAAAAAUGAGUUGAGUCUUGCUGCUUUAUUGUUUAUUUGCAUUUAGCAUACAUUUUGGUUGUUGAAGUGAAGCUAGUUUCAUAGACAGAAAGCUUGAUCAGUCAGAACAACAUAUAAAUAAGCUUCAUACUGUACAUUGAGUUGUGCAACUAGAGUAGUAUGUGUGUUCAGACGUAGGGGUUUUAUGCUUUAGGGUAUUUUUCUUUGUUUUAAUAUGUAAAGGAAUAAGCAGAUUACUUUGAAAUGCUAUUGUAGAGCUAAUUUUACACAUAGUGGGGGAAUGUCGUCUGAAAAAUUAAAAUUAGAAAACAUUACAUAGGCUGCCUUUGGCUUUAUUUUGUUUGUAGCAGGUCCAGCAGGUAUCUGUUGAUUCCAGAUGCUCACGCCAGGGGCCAGGUUUGUGUGGCAUCUUGUAACUGAAGAAAGGUUUUUGCAGUGAUAAAGUUGCCCAUCUGGGCUUUAAGUAAAAUUGUUGGCUAAACAAAAGCAUAAAGGCAGCAAAUUUAGGUAUAUUUUUGUUUGGUGCAUGGACAAUUGCAUGAAAUAGAAUUGGGGUUUCAAAGUAUUUUAAAUCAUUUCGCAUAAUUUACUCUUGUUGUAACUCCACUGACUACAGUUAAAUUGAACCAAGAAUUUGACCUUGUAAGACUACAAAUUUCAGCGUCAGGCAGCUCAGGUCUAUAUAAAGAUACCUAAGCUUAGUAAAUCAGCAAGAAUACUAUAUAAAUGGUAACGCGUGAUAAAAAUCUUAACUCUAGUAACAUUAUUUCUCUCAAAAAUUCUAUUCAUUACUUUUUAAUAUAAAAGUUCAGAAGUGCACUUCUUAGUGGCAUUGGGAUAUGUGGAGAAAAGCAUAAUGCUGGUACAGAAAUGUAUCAGAAAUAAGAUUCAGUUCUUACAGCUCCAGACACUCCAUGUGUGCCUGCCUUACAUGUUACACAUCCCCAUGAAGUUAACAAGACAUAUAUGAAGUCAAGCCUGUUUGUAACCCUCCCGGGAUACUGGUUUCGGAAUCUGCAAGAUAAGUUAUGUUCUCAAAAGGCAUUAAUAAAACUUGUGCUUUCAGGUUUAUAGAAUACUAUGAACAGUGAGGACAGCUUCUGAGACACAUCCAGAGUAACUUUAUUGAUCUUACAUCAGACCACCAACAUCCAUUAGCAAAUCAAAAUAUGUCUCAGUACCUUUAUUUCUCAGCAUGAUUUUACAAAAAAUAACAGUAAAAACAUUCAGAAAGUUACAACAGCCCCUAAUGCUGUUUGGCUUAUUUUUUUCUCUUUUCCCCCCCUUUUUUGUAAUAGAAUAUAAUCUGCUCUGGAGGUGUCUAGGAUUGGAUAGCUCAAGGAAAACAUGCAAAGCAGUUUUGAAUUAUUUUUUUUUCAUUCACCUUAGGGCAUAUACUCAGCUGGUGAAAAUCAGCAUAGUCCUGUUGACUUCUACAGCAUUACAUCAGCUUAUGCCAGCGAAACAGCUGGCAUGUCGAGUUUUAGCAUUUCAAGACACUUUACCUACAUAUCCAGUAGUAUUUUAUUUUGCAAGGUGGAAAGUUACUUACGGUGCAAACUGUACUACCUAGAUUGCCAUUGAUGCCUACUCACAGGACAUGAUUUCACUGUAUCACUUCAUACUUGAAAUUCACAAUGUUCUUUUAAUCAGGGUACAAACAUGAAAAGGUGCGUGUGUUACUGUUUCUUUUAAAGGUGCAUCAUUUUUUUUUAUUCUGUGUGCUUCAUAAUUACUAUUCCAUGUUCUUUACGUUCUUUGCAUGCAGCAUUAAAAUUGCCUAUGUGUGACCUACAGAGGUACAGAAAAAUGCAACAGUGAUUUCUUGAGCUGUUACUCAAAUAUACCGGUUUACCUUUUAGUCAUCAAUAUGACAUCAAGGGGCUACAACACGCAAACUGUGGUAUAUAAAAGUAUUGCACCAUUGCUGUCCAUGAAAUCUUGCAGCCUCUCUCCUCUUCUUGCACAGCUGCUGAUUACCGUAUACGCAUUGGAAAAAAAGUAUGUUUCUGCUGUACAGAAUGGCUGGGAAAUAAUGCAGACACUUUGGAAACUCUAGAGCUCCCUUUGCAAGCUUUCAAACAAAGCCCUUUGAUCUAACUGCAUGCCUGCUCUGUGUCCCAAAUUUCGCCCUCUGGGGCUUUCUGCUCUAAGAACACCCUCAGCUGGGGCUACUUUACAUUGACUGCAUUGAAGUUCAUCGGAGCAUACUCUUUCAAGCAUGCACCUUUCCAUAUAACAUAUUCUUUAGCUUUUACAAGUUUGUAAAGAUGGUUGACUGCAAAAAUAAUCAUGUGUCAAUACAGCAAAAUUAAAUUAAGGCACACAGAAGGUUAUCAAUAUUGUAUUAUAUCAGAAUUACAGUCCUUUGGAACUGAACGUUUUGCUGCUGGCAGUGCAAGAAAAGCAAAGUUGUGUAUUUAUUGUUGGGUGCUGAGGGUUCAGUAUGAAAAUCAAUAUAAUAAAAGUUUUCACGGUGUCA